AUGAACUUUUCUCCUCUUUUCUACUUUUGGCUUCUUGCUUUUUGUUGCUUCGCUUUUUUGGCUAAUGGAGCUACUCUCGUAGAAGAUGAAGUGGAAGUGAUGAAAGAGAUAGCAAAGAAGGUUGGGAAGAAGGACUGGAACUUCAGCGUGGAUCCAUGCAGUGGAUUAGAGAACUGGAACUCAUCAAACGCAGUUAAAGGAAUGCUAAUAAAUGCAGUGACAUGUGACUGCUCCUUUGCCAAUGCCAAUCUUACUGUUUGCCAUGUUGUUAGCAUUGUUCUGAAGUACCAGAAUCUGACGGGCACACUCCCAAGUGAACUAGUGAAGUUGCCAUACCUCCAAGAAAUUGACCUCACCCGCAACUACCUUAACGGCACAAUUCCACCACAAUGGGGCUCCAUCAAACUUGUCAACAUUUCCCUUCUUGGAAAUCGACUAACAGGUUCAAUUCCAAAGGAGUUGGGAAACAUUACCACCCUGAAAAGUUUGGUUUUGGAGUUCAAUCAACUCACCGGAGAGCUUCCUCCUGAGCUUGGAAAUCUUUCCCAGCUUGAAAGACUGCAUCUUACUUCCAACCAUUUUACUGGGAAUCUACCUGCUACAUUUGCUAAGCUCACUAAAUUGAAUCACGUUCGACUAGGCGAUAAUCAAUUUUCUGGAACUAUACCAAAUUUUAUUCAGAGCUGGACUACUCUUCAGAGGCUGGUGGUGCAAGGGAGUGGUAUGAGUGGACCAAUUCCUUCUGGAAUUUCACUUUUGAAAAACCUCACCGACUUGAGAAUCACUGACUUGAAAGGACCGGGUUCUUAUUUUCCACCACUUAGUAACUUGACAAAUCUAGAAACACUAGUACUGAGGAGUUGUAAUCUGAUAGGAACAGUGCCUGAUUAUCUAGGAAAUGUGACUACACUAAAAUCACUAGACCUCAGUUUUAACAAAUUAAGUGGAACCAUUCCAAGCUCCUUCAGUCGCCUAUUGAACAUGAACAUACUGUACUUAACUGGAAACCUUUUCACUGGACCGCUACCUAAUUGGAUAGCUAACCCAGACUAUACAGAUCUUUCAUAUAACAACUUCAGCAUCAAAGAGCCAGAGCUGUUGACUUGUCAACAAGGAAGCGUGAACUUGUUUGCAUCAUCUAUGAAGGAACAUAACUUGGGAGUUGUUCCAUGUUUGGGAAACAUUAAUUGUUCUAAACAUUCAUAUUCUCUCCAUAUAAAUUGCGGUGGGAAACUCAUAACUUCUAGUGGGAAUAUUACAUAUGAUGAAGAUACACAAGAAGCUGGACUGGCAAGAUCUCUUCGUGCCGGAUCAAACUGGGCAGUUAGCAACACUGGUCACUUCUUUGAUAGUAGUUUUGGGGACUAUUAUACGUGGUCUAAUACAUCUAAGCUUACCAUGAACAAUGCUGAAUUGUACACGAAUGCACGUGUUUCUGCACUUUCUCUGACAUAUUAUGGUUUUUGCAUGAGAAAUGGAAGCUACACAGUAAAUCUCCAUUUUGCUGAGAUAAUGUUUACAGAUGAUCAAACAUAUAGCAGCCUUGGAAGGCGUGUAUUUGACAUCUAUAUUCAGAAGAAAUUGGUCCUAAAAGAUUUUGAUAUUGCAAAAGAAGCAGGAGGAGUUCGUAAGGCAAUCAUAAAGAAAUUUAUCGCUAAUGUGACCGGCAGCACCUUGGAGAUUCGCUUACAAUGGGCUGGGAAAGGGACAACAGCUAUUCCAUUUGGAUCAGUAUAUGGUCCUCUAAUAUCAGCUAUAUCUGUAAAUCCUGACUUUAUGCCACCAGUGGAAAAAGAAACUAACAAAAGUGGAAGUGGCAUAUCUGUGGGGGAUAUAGUUGUAAUUGUAAUUGCUGGAGCACUUGUUAUCGUCUUCGUAUUUGGUAUAUCCUGGUGGCGAGGAUGUUUAGGACAAAAAGGUUCAUUAUAUAAAGAUCUACAGGGUUUGGAUCUAAAAACCAAUGUAUUUACCUUGAGGCAAAUCAAAACAGCAACUAACAAUUUCGAUAUUGCUUAUAAGAUUGGACAAGGAGGGUUUGGUACUGUUUACAAGGGUGUUCUUUCGGAUGGCACAGUAGUGGCAGUUAAACAGUUUUCUUCUAAAUCGAGGCAAGGGAAUCGCGAGUUCAUAAAUGAGAUUGGCAUGAUUUCGGCUUUGCAACACCCCUGUCUAGUUAAGCUCUAUGGCUGUUGUAUGGAGGGAGAUCAAUUGUUGUUGAUAUACGAAUAUAUGGAAAACAAUAGCCUUGCUCGUGCUUUGUUUGCCCAAGAAAAAGGUCAACUGAAAUUGGAUUGGUCAACAAGGCGCAAGAUUUGUCUUGGCGUUGCUAAAGGCUUGGCUUACCUCCAUGGAGAGUCAAGGUUAAAGAUAGUUCAUAGAGAUAUCAAGGCCACCAAUGUAUUACUGGAUAAAGAUCUAAACCCAAAGAUAUCUGAUUUUGGUUUGGCCAAGCUUGAUGAUGAUGGACUUACCCACAUAAGCACUAGAGUGGCUGGCACCUAUGGAUAUAUGGCUCCAGAAUAUGCAAUGCGCGGUUAUUUGACGGACAAAGCAGAUGUUUAUAGUUUUGGAAUUGUUGCCUUGGAAGUAGUUAGUGGCAAAAGCAACAAUAUGAACUGGCAAAAGGAAGAAUGCUUUUCUCUUCUUGAUUGGGCUCUUCUCUUGAAAGAAAAAGGUGAUCUAUUGGACCUAGUUGAUGAGAGGUUGGGUUCAGACUUGAAUGAAAAUGAAGCAAUGCUCAUCAUCAAUGUGGCUCUUCUAUGCAUAAAUUUCUCUUCAUUGCACAGGCCAACCAUGUCAGUGGUAAGAAUGCUCGAAGGCAAAAGCGCAGUUCAAGAGGCCAUGCCGGACACAACCCAGGUAUUCGAUGAGAAGAAGUUAGAAAUGAUGAGAAACUGUUACCAACAGAGAGGAAAACAUAAGAUUCCAGACACUCAUGAACAUAGCACCUUAAUAGUUGAAACUGCUGCUUUUAUGACUAAUUCAGAGGUUCAUUCAGCCAACAUGGAUUCUUCUUCCUGGGAGGAAAGUACUAGAUGAUCUUCAAAAAUUGCAUAACUUUGUAGCAACCAAGGUGGAAAUAUCUGCCUUCUUUUUAUUAAAAGUUUAUUUUGGUAGCAUAAAAUUAAAAUUACAAGUGUAUCAUAGAUUUUUCUUUCCUGAAAUUUCAAAAUUAACCAUUGCCCGAUCAACUAACCAAUAUUUCAUGACGUUAACCUGUGAUGGUAUAAAAUAUGA